AUGUCCAGUCGUCAAGGUGGAAAGUUAAAGCCCUUAAAGCAAAAGAAGAAGCAACAAAACGACUACGAUGAUGAAGAUGCUUCUUUCAAGGCCAAACAAAAGGCCGAUGCUGAAGCCAAGAAGGCAAUGAUGGCAAACAUCAAAGCCGGCAAACCUCUAGUAGGUGGUGGAAUUAAAAAGUCAGGUAAAAAGUAA